UAAAGAUUAAUUCUACAUGAUUUGCAGGAUGUAUUCAAAAUUGUAGAAGAAAUAGAUUUUCUGCACAUACUUAGAUAGCAAUAAAAAGUCCAUAAGCACAGUAUAAAACCCACAACAUGACUACUAGGAUGACAAAUGAGGUCAUGAGAUGCUCACUGCGCAUUUGCUAUAGGAGGUUUCCAUGGAAACCUCUCAGUACUCCAGUGCCAGCAGCAUUUGACAGCAUAUCUUUAUCUAGAAAUGACCCAAUAUGCUGUUGGGGCGGUAGGAGGAACCAAAAUUACCUUUCUGGGACUCUUUGUGCAACACGAUUCUUCUCUCAUGGAGGAAAUCAGAAUGGGGACCUAGAGGAGAGCAACAGUGUCGCCUCAGAGCGCCCACUUUCUACUGACACUAAGAUUGACCAGACCUCCUCACAGCAGAGACAUCGACGCUCCCAUUUCCAGGAUCUCCUGCAUCAAUGUGGCUCCCCAUCAGACGUGUUAGAUCUUGCAUCUAAGUAUUCAGCCACAGUUCACCAGGUCAGCAACUGUCUCAACCAAAUGUGGACGUCCACUAAGAAGAUGUCAGACGAACAACGGCGCUAUGAGUUGCAGCUGAUGUUUGAGCAUCCUGAAUUCGAUGAUCUUUUGCAAAGGGCGAUGAGGUCCAUAAAGCACACGCGCAACAAUGAUGUAGCUUACUCUCUGUUAAGCAUGGUCAAUCUGGGGGUUCCUCAGCAGAGCCGUGUGAUCCAGACCUUCGUACGAACUUGCCAGGAGAGAUUGAAUGAAUUUGAUGUGAAAACGUUGUCCAUCUUGGCCUCUGCUCUGGACCAUAUGAAGGAUAGUCAGAAUGCCGUGGCUCUAAAGGAAGGCAUGAGGCUGGUGGUUGAGAUGCGUCUUCCUGAGAUUAAAAAUGUCUUGGCUCUUCAGACCAUGAUGCGACUCCUGGGAAAAGAUGCACCAAAGGAGCUCAAGCAAAAACUAGAGACAAAGGCUCUUUCAAUGGCAGACGAAUUCAGCCUUCCCAAUGCCCAAUACAUGAUCUCCACUAUGGCCACUAUGGGCUUUCACUCCAAACCACUGCUGAAAAUUUGUAGUGGGAAAAUCCAAGAAAACCUUCAUGGCAUCCCUUUUAACAGACUCUACAAUGUGCUGCAGUCCUGUAGGGAGCUUCUCUACAGAGACAUAGAUCUACUUAAUAGCGUUUCAGGCUAUGUUGCGUCAACGCUUGACAUAUGGACUAAUAAACAGCUGGUCUUCUUCCUGUCUGUGUUUGAGGACCUUCUCUUCUGCCCCACUUCCUUAAUGGAGGCCUAUACUGAGAAAGUGAUCACUAACGCCGAUGCCCUCACCCUGAAAGACCUUCUGUGUGUCCUAAAAGUUUACUCCUCUUUUAACUAUGAUCUGCGGCAUCAUAGACAACAGUUUAUUGAUAGUCUCAGCAAUGCUCUUAACUCCUACCUUCCCAAGAUGUCUGGUUUUGAGUUGCUAAAGGCUGUCUACUGUCUGUGUCUGCUGAACCACUUCCCCUCUACACUCCUGGAGCAGCUCCUGAAUGAUAGCAUGUUGGAGCAGCUUGCAUCUGGAAAGUUCCCUAAAAGCAGAGAGACAAUGUUUCAGAGAAUUGAUCUCUGUCUCCGUCUUGACCGUCCUCCUCUCCCUAAGCCCCUGAGUGUCCCCUCAUCCGCCCUGGGAGACCCCGCCUCCAGCAGCCAGUCAGUUAACCCACAGCUCUCAAAGAGCCUGCAGAGUGUGCUGGCGGGUCAGGAGAACGCAACGCUGCAGGAAAUGUCGGUGGUGGAGAACUUCUACGUCAUAGAUGGUCUUAUAACCAAGCCGCUUCCGAGCCAAACAGAUGUGAUGGAAACUAGUAGUUCUCCAGCAGACAGCAGUCAAAGAAUUGCCGUUAUUUAUGCACCGAACUCUACUUUUUGCUACGGUACUUCCCACCCUCGUGGCCCACUCACUCUCAAGAUCCGUCAUCUGAAGAUCCUGGGAUACACUCCUGUUUUGGUAACAGAGCAGCACCUACAGCCAUUGUCUGAGGAGGAGAGGACAGAUGUUAUACGAGGACUUCUAUUUCCAGACCAUGCAUCAGAACCACAAACAAAAGAGGAACAUGUCGGAUCCGGAACAGUUUAGACGGUGUAAACAAGACCAAAAAGCCACGUAGGAAUGUGUGCAGAUUGAAAGUUUGUUCAGUUGAAAACCUGUACAUAAUAACAAUAAUAAAGUAUUUUAAAACAA